UCAUGCAACUAUCAUUCACUCCCCUCGGAAAGGUUGCUUCAAUAUUUGGUCCGAAGUUAGAUUUGGAGUUCGUGGCACAAUCAUGCCGUUCAUUGAUUUAGAAAGUAACUUGCCGGCGAGUAAAUUCACCGAGGAGUUCCUGAAAAAGCUGUGCUCCACAACGGCUGCGAUUCUUGGGAAGCCCGAAGACAGGAUGAAUUUAUCCGUGAAAUCGGGGUUGGCGAUGCUCAUAGCCGGAUCUACGGCUCCGUGUGUGCAGCUGUGUGUGUCUGCUAUUGGCGUGACCGACACGGCGGAGAAGAACAAGGAGCACAGCGCCAAGAUCUUCAGCUUCCUCACCCAGGAACUGGGCCUGAGCGAGGACAGGAUCGUUAUCAGAUUCUACCCUCUGGAGCCCUGGCAAGUUGGGAAGAAAGGAACCGUGAUGACUUUCCUGUAGAGACGCGCGCCACUUUGCCGGGAGCGUGCGCAAGCCAUUCCGUUCCGAUUCGCUCGUUGACGUGGACCCAUCGUUAAACGCCAGCCGCACAAGCAUUAGUACAUUGUAAAUGUAAGUAAUUUCAGGAGGGAAGCAAAAAUGCCUUCAAUGCAGAGAGGAGUAUAAGGGCGGUUAAAUGUAUCCAACUGUUUUAAAAUGUAAACACAUUUUCAGUCACACAUUUGAACAAGAUAAUGACCAUGUAUAUGAAUUACAGGUCAGUGAGCUCCUAAACAUUCAUCUAUUACACAGUACCUUAUUUUGGGUAAAGGAGUUAGAUCAGGAAAAUGAGGAUGGUGCUUGGAUCUACAGAUGUAUACAUGCAUCUUAUAAUGUCCAUUAAGAAUUAAAAUCAACUGAGAAAAACAUUAAGAAAGUAUAUUCUUGUAUUUUUCUCCUGUAUAUGGUACUUUAAU